GAAAAAAAACCGGUUUUUGUCUUCAUGUUCUGUAAUUUUUUUUUUUUCCUUUUUGGGUACCAAACGUAAAUUCCCCCUCACUCACCUUAUCCCCUCUCGUUUCAUACUUGAGAACAAGCCUCUGGAUCCUGGGCUUUUCUUUCAAAACAGAGAGAGCAUGAAAUGAAACUCAUCCUUUUCUCAAUAAUCAAGUGGUUGUGAAUUCAAGACAGGAAAUUUGAAUCCCUGACUUCAUAGCCGGAAGGAAUAAUGGCGGCGACACAUCUGUGUGAGUCUCCUCUGGUGAAGCAUCAUCACCCUUGUGUUUCACUGUCACCCCUGUGCUCUUCUAAGCUUUCCCAUACCCUCCUAGACCUCAAAAAGUCCCACUUGGCUACCUUUUCUUUCGGCGGAAAAACCUUUCAAAUGCCCAAAACAUCAAGAAUGGCAAGUCGAAGAAGGCGACGAAUGCAAGCAGUGGCUUCGUUGGGAGGUUUGUUAGGUGGGAUUUUCAAAGGGACUGACACUGGCGAGUCCACGAGGCAGCAGUAUGCUUCCACCGUGUCUGUCAUCAAUGGCUUGGAAGCUCAGAUGUCUGCACUCUCCGAUUCUGAGCUGAGAGAAAAGACACGGCUCUUUCAAGAACGUGCCAAGCAGGGCGAGUCUUUGGAUUCUCUUUUACCUGAAGCAUUCGCUGUCAUAAGAGAGGCUUCGAAGAGGGUUUUAGGCCUUCGUCCCUUUGAUGUCCAACUCAUAGGUGGCAUGGUUCUUCAUAAGGGGGAAAUAGCUGAAAUGAGAACCGGAGAAGGAAAAACCCUUGUUGCUAUCUUACCAGCUUAUUUGAAUGCAUUAAUUGGAAAAGGUGUUCAUGUUGUUACUGUCAAUGAUUAUCUGGCCCGGCGGGAUUGUGAGUGGGUUGGUCAAGUUCCUCGUUUCCUUGGAUUGAAGGUUGGCCUAAUCCAGCAGAAUAUGACAAGUGAACAAAGAAGGGAGAAUUACUUAUGUGACAUCACAUACGUUACCAACAGUGAGCUUGGUUUUGAUUACUUGAGAGAUAAUCUGGCCACGAGUGUUGAGGAGCUUGUCUUGAGGAACUUCAACUACUGUGUAAUUGAUGAGGUUGAUUCCAUCCUCAUUGAUGAAGCAAGGACACCUCUCAUAAUAUCUGGACCUGCAGAAAAACCUAGCGAUCAGUAUUAUAAAGCUGCAAAGAUUGCCGCAGUCUUUGAGCGAGAGAUACAUUACACUGUGGAUGAAAAGCAAAAAACAGUUCUGCUCACAGAACAGGGUUAUGAAGACUCUGAAGAGAUUCUGGGUGUAAAAGAUUUAUAUGAUCCCCGAGAACAGUGGGCAUCUUAUGUUCUGAAUGCAAUAAAAGCGAAAGAACUCUUUCUUAGAGAUGUAAACUAUAUCAUUCGUGGCAAAGAGGUUCUUAUUGUUGAUGAGUUUACAGGUCGAGUUAUGCAGGGGAGGCGAUGGAGUGAUGGACUUCACCAAGCGGUUGAAGCAAAAGAAGGUCUGCCAAUUCAAAAUGAAACUGUAACACUGGCUUCAAUUAGCUACCAAAAUUUCUUUCUCCAGUUCCCGAAACUUUGUGGGAUGACUGGCACUGCAGCAACUGAAAGCACAGAAUUUGAAAGCAUAUACAAGCUUAAAGUUACAAUUGUGCCAACAAACAAGCCUAUGAUUAGAAAGGAUGAGUCCGAUGUAGUUUUCAGGGCAACUACAGGAAAAUGGCGGGCAGUUGUAGUAGAGAUUUCUAGAAUGCACAAGACAGGUCGUCCUGUACUUGUUGGCACAACUAGUGUUGAGCAGAGUGACUCGUUGUCUGAGCAGUUGCAAGAAGUUGGAAUUCCCCAUGAGGUUCUCAAUGCAAAACCAGAGAAUGUGGAAAGGGAAGCAGAAAUUGUAGCCCAAAGUGGUCGUCUAGGGGCAGUGACCAUUGCGACCAAUAUGGCAGGUCGAGGAACUGACAUUAUCCUUGGGGGGAAUGCUGAAUUUAUGGCAAGGUUGAAGCUUCGGGAGAUGCUUAUGCCAAGAGUUGUUAAGCUAACUGAAGGCGGUUAUGUGUCAGUGAAAAAACUUCCCCCAAAGAAAACAUGGAAGGUGAAUGAAAACCUAUUUCCGUGCAAACUGUCCAAUGAAAAGACCAAGUUGGCUGAGGAAGCUGUAAAGUUAGCUGUUGACACGUGGGGUCAGAGAUCAUUAACUGAGCUUGAAGCAGAGGAGCGUCUAUCAUAUUCUUGUGAAAAGGCCCCUGCUCAGGAUCCAGUCAUAGCCAAACUGCGGAGUGCCUUUCUAGAAAUUGUUAGAGAGUACAAGGUCUACACAGAGGAAGAAAGGAAGAAGGUUGUGUCAGCUGGUGGGCUUCAUGUUGUGGGGACAGAGCGCCAUGAAUCUCGCCGAGUUGAUAAUCAGCUGCGUGGUCGAACUGGCAGGCAGGGGGACCCUGGAAGUUCUCGCUUCUUCUUAAGUCUUGAAGAUAACAUCUUUCGAAUAUUUGGUGGAGACCGUAUUCAGGGUUUAAUGAGAGCUUUUAGAGUUGAGGACCUACCAAUUGAGUCCAAGAUGCUGACCAAAGCACUAGAUGAAGCUCAACGGAAAGUGGAAAAUUAUUUUUUUGACAUCCGAAAGCAAUUAUUUGAGUUUGAUGAAGUCUUAAACAGCCAAAGAGACCGUGUCUACACAGAAAGAAGACGGGCCCUUGAAUCUGACAAUCUCCAAUCGCUUAUAAUUGAAUAUGCUGAACUAACAAUGGAUGAUAUCUUGGAGGCAAAUAUUGGUUCAGAUGCUUCAAAAGAAAGCUGGGAUCUUGAGAAGCUCAUCAAGAAACUUCAACAAUAUUGCUACCUAUUGAAUGAUUUGACACCAGACUUGCUGAGGAGCAAGUGUUCAAGUUACGAGGAUUUGCAGGACUACCUUCGUCGCCGUGGUCGUGAAGCAUAUUUGCAGAAAAGGGAUAUUAUCGAGAGCAAAGCACCAGGCUUGACAAAGGAUGCUGAAAGGUUCUUAGUUUUGAGCAAUAUUGAUCGCUUGUGGAAGGAGCACUUACAAGCACUUAAGUUUGUUCAGCAAGCUGUGGGAUUACGUGGAUACGCACAAAGGGAUCCACUUAUUGAAUAUAAGCUUGAAGGCUACAAUCUUUUCUUAGAGAUGAUGGCACAGAUAAGAAGAAAUGUUAUAUAUUCCAUAUACCAGUUUCAACCGGUGCUGGUAAAGAAGGAUCAAGACCAAAGAGAGAAUAAGAGUUCAACAGAAGUUGUCACAAAUGGUAGGGGUAAUAAUAACCCUGAUCCAGUUGACGCCAUUGAGUCUUCUUCAGCAGCUGCGACCCCACAAUCUAGUGCUUGAAACCUACACACGGUUAUUCCCUGCAGAAGUUCAUAAGGAAGAGGUCCAGAGAUGGAAGCUUCAUUCCAUUAUGUUGACUGGUAUAUAUUACUGUACAAUUUGUUGUAAAGUAAAAUUUUGGAGUCGGUGUAAAAUCUCUAAAACAUUUUCUUAAAAAGAGAAAAUGGGGGAUGGGGUUUUAUCUACUGUAUUAUUACAAAAAGGUGGACCAAAGAUUGACAAAUUUGUUGUAACACUUAGGUGUGGGAUGCAAGUACAUUGUUAAUCAUAAUGAGAACAAAUUGUAAGAUUACUGUA